AUGAACUCGAGUGAUUCCGAUUUUCUGUUGAAAAAUAUCACUUCAAGUAGUGAAUGUGAAAGUUUCAAUGAUAGUGAUGACAGAGAAAAUAUGUCAGACUAUAGUAACGCGUCAUCUAUAGACAAUAAUCCAGCUGGGUGGAAGAUCAUAGGUGAUUCGAUUAAAGACAGACUUCCUAAUCAAGUUACAGAAGUUCUUGGCAUUCCUUGUCCAAACACAAAGGUUUUUCCACAUGAAGACGUAUCGUUUACAAGGUCUGUAGAUAUGUUUUUAUCUGAAGAAACAUUUAAUUUUAUUGUGCGAUGCACAAAUUUAAGAGCCGAAUUAUAUUUUAAGCUGCAGCUAAAUUUUAAAAUUCACGUGCUACAAUGGCAUAAUGUAACACUACAGAAGAUGAAAAAUGUUUUUGGUUGUUUAGUAAAUAUGGAACUUGAUAAGAAGUCACAAUUAUCAAUGUAUUAG